AUGUGGGCUUCCCUUAGAAUCGGCACUUUCAGUCUCGCUGACCUUACAGCUCGACUAAAAGAACCAACAGAGGUGGCCAAAUUGAUCGUAAAGAGACCUACCAUCCUUCAAUGCAGAGUAGAGGACAACCUUUUGCCCAAAUUUAGUUAUCUCAAAGAAAAUGGCUUCGUGGGCGAGCGUCUCCCUGAGCUUUUCGUGUCAAAUCCGGCAAUUGCACAACGAGCUCUAAAUUCUCAUAUCAAACCAUCUUUUGAUUUCUUGAGGUCUAUACUGAACACUAAUGAGAAAAUUCUAGCAGCUAUUAGGCGUUGUCCAUGGCUGGGGACUUCUGAAUUGAAGGGUAGAAUGCAAUCAAAUAUUGAUCUCUUAGUAAAAGAGGGAGUCUCUGCUUAUAGCAUAGAAAAGAUUGUAACUUUGAAGCCUAGAGUUAUAAUACAAAGAAAUAAUAGGAUGGUUUGUGCAGUAAAUGUUGUUAAAAGUCUGGGCUUUCAACCAACCGCUUGUUUGUUUGUACAUGCUGUUGCAGUGAAGUUAUCAAUGAGUGACUUUACUCGGAAGAAGAAAAUUGAGCUGUGGAAGAGUAUGGGGUGGAGUGAGGAAGAGAUUUUGUCUGCAUUUAGGAAAGAACCAUUAUGUAUGAAUUGUUCAGAGGAGAAAUUCAAGAAUGCUAUGGAUUUUUAUUUGAAUACAAUGAAGUUGGAACCACAGACUUUAAUUGCACAUCCCAAGCUUCUUAUGUAUGCAGUUGAUAAAAGGAUUCGCCCAAGGUAUAAUGUUUUGAAGGCCUUGGAAUCAAAGAACCUGACUGAAGGACACAAGAAGAUUGGAUGGUUGCUCACGUCUGAGAAGAAAUUCCAGGAGAAUUUUGUCAGUAAGUAUGCAGAUCAAGUCCCAGGUUUAUUGGAGAUGUAUCUUGGUACCUGCAACACCAAAAGGAUAGAUACUUGA